GCGCUAGCAUUGUUGUGGCGUGACGUCACCGCUAGAAGAUGAGGGCGGAGAGGCGGCCAUUACUGGAGCUUCUGCAAUUAUAAAAUUCAAGUAAAUACUGGCUGAAAGCUUUCAUGGCAAGAACCACUAAUCAGAUUUAUGAUGCUGUUCCCAUUCAGUCCAGUGUUGUUAUUUGUUCCUGCCCAUCUCCAUCAAUGGUAAGAAAUCAGUCGGAUUCCAGAUCGCCGCUUGCUAUAGCAGGCGUCAGCAGCAGCAGCAGCCACGGGCCCACCAUGGAAGGCACGGCAGCCAAAACGAGGUCUCAAACCUCCGAACAAAGUUUAGAACAGCGGCAACAACCAAUACAGCAGCAUCCGCAGCCACGGAAAAAAAGGCCAGAAGAUUUUAGAUUUGGGAAAAUUUUAGGGGAAGGUUCAUUCUCGACCGUUGUACUGGCAAGGGAACAAUCAACAGGGAAGGAAUAUGCAAUUAAAAUUCUGGAAAAACGUCAUAUCAUGAAGGAGAACAAGGCACAGUACGUGAAGAGAGAGAGAGAUGUCAUGUCUCAUCUGGAUCAUCCAUUCUUCGUAAAACUUUACUUCACAUUUCAAGAUGAUGAAAAGCUGUACUUUGGUCUUAGCUAUGCUAAAAAUGGGGAGCUGCUAAAAUACAUUCGCAAAAUAGGCUCGUUUGACGAGACAUGCACAAGGUUCUACGCUGCUGAAAUUGUUUGCGCGCUAGAAUAUUUACACCAGAAGGGGAUUAUUCACAGGGACCUUAAACCAGAGAACAUUUUACUAAAUGAGGAGAUGCACAUUCAAAUUACAGAUUUUGGAACAGCAAAACAGUUGUCUUCAGAUAGCAAACAAGCAAGGGCAAAUUCUUUUGUAGGAACAGCACAGUAUGUUUCUCCAGAACUGCUGACAGAGAAAUCUGCUUGCAAAAGCUCUGACCUUUGGGCCCUCGGUUGUAUAAUCUACCAGUUAGUGGCUGGAUUACCACCGUUUAGAGCUGGAAAUGAAUACCUUAUAUUCCAGAAGAUUAUUAAACUGGAGUACGAAUUUCCAGAAAAGUUCUUUCCUAAAGCAAAAGAUCUCGUGGAACAGCUUUUGUCUUUGGAACCCUCAAAACGUAUAGGAUGUGAUGAGAUGGGGGGGUACGAACCUCUCAAAGCCCAUCCUUUCUUCGAAUCCAUCACGUGGAACAAUCUUCACCUUGAAACUGCACCAAAACUAACGCCCUAUUUACCAGCUAUGUCUGAAGACGACGAGGAUUGCUAUGGAAAUUAUGACGACCUUCUGAGCCAGUUUGGCAGCAUGCAGGUAGCCCAAUCCAGCUGUUCACAGUCCCUGGCCGUCCCAGAGUCGGAGCCACCGAAAAGAUCAAGCAGUAACAUUGAGCAGUAUAUCCACGACCUGGAUAACAACUCCUUCGAACUGGACCUGCAGUUUUCUGACGAGGAGAAACAGCUUCUGCUUGAGAAGCAGACGGGUGGAAACCAAUGGCACCAGUUUGUAGAAAACAAUUUAAUACUCAAGAUGGGUCCAGUGGACAAAAGGAAGGGACUGUUCGCACGUCGACGCCAGCUGCUUCUCACUGAAGGACCCCACCUCUACUACGUGGAUCCUGUCAGUAGAGUUCUGAAAGGGGAGAUUCCGUGGUCUCCAGAGCUGCGCCCAGAAGCCAAGAAUUUCAAAACAUUUUUUGUUCAUACACCCAACAGGACAUAUUACCUAAUGGACCCCAGCGGGAAUGCAGACAGGUGGUGCAAGAAGAUCCAGGAGGUGUGGCGGAAGAUUUACCACAGGCACCAGAAUGCUGCCGUCUAGUGGCAUGAAAAGGAAGGGUCCACCUCUACUCACUUCUGUCUUGCGAGACCUCGUUUCCAGAUUGAAGAAAGCAAGGCUUCCACCACAAUGCCCUGGAUCACAAGCAUUUUAGGAAGAA